AUGCCGCCAGCUUUAAAGCAACCUGCUGACAUUCUUGGAAACGUUGUUUAUGUUGCCACCAUAGAAAAGGCAUCUGGUCUGGUCAACUCCCUGUUGGAGCUUGCCCGUGUGGAGGAGCUUGGCCUGGUGGUGGUGGAUGAGGUGCACAUGCUGGCUGAGACUGGGGGGAGGGGGGCCUCUCUGGAAGAUGUUCUCACAAAACUGCGAUAUGGUGCAUCCAGGGUACAGCUUGUGGCCAUGAGCGCUACCGUUGGUAACUUGAAGGAAUUGGCGAUAUAUUUGGAUGCCAGACUGUACGCAGGAAACUUCAGACCAGUGCAGCUGACGGAGUGUGUUAAGGUGCUUGAUAAAAUAUGGGAGGUGAACCUUGGUGCUCACACAGAGGAAGAAUUACUCCAGAAUGAACGGCUGUGUUGUUUCCCGUACAGUAAUGAGCAGAAGAAGAUAGAUGUCGACAUGGUUGGUGGGCUGGUGGGGGAGGUGAUACCUGACCACUCCUGCCUCGUCUUCUGCCCCACAAGACGCAACUGUGAAACUCUCGCUGAGUUGAUCUGCAAGGUGUUGCCUACACAGCUGAAACAGGUAAAAAACAGAGAGAAAGUGUCGCUGUAUCGGGCGUUGGUGGAGGAGGGUGGUGGCUCUGUGUGCCCAGUACUGCGCAAGACCUUACCUUAUGGGGUCGCCUACCAUCAUUCAGGUUUAUUGGAAGGUGAGAAGCGGCUGCUGGAGGAAGGUUACUUGAUGGGCACACUGUGUUGCUUGUGCUGCACCUCAACCCUGGCUGCCGGCAUUAACUUACCUGCCCGGAGA